GUGCCUCCGGGCCAGGAAGACGAGGUGGCCAAACGCGUCCAGAAUGCCAUGGGUGAUUUCGAGACGGCGCAGUGGCUCUUCACGAACCACCGCGACCAGUUGUUCGGCAUCGCGGGCACCAGUGCGGCCGCACAGAAUCGGACGCCGCCCACCGUGAGCAGCCCCGUCGGCAACGGCAGCGCGCCCACCGCGAGGAAUGUCAACGCCACGGAUCCUGGAGCAACCACGAAUGGCAGCAGCAAAAGCCAAAGCUUUCUGACUCAGCAGCAACACCGUAGUAAUGGUGUGAGCAGCAGCACCAGCAGCAGCAGCAGCAGUGAUGGUGCCAGCAGUGGCGGCAGCACGGAUCCUGCUAACCAGUCGAGAAAUCAGAAUCAACGGCAGAGUUCCUCUCACCAAAGAAGCUCAAGCCUGCCCUCGCACCAUGCCAACAAGCAGCAGUCUGGCGAUCAUCACAAGCAGCAGCAGCAGCCGCAUCGGCCUCCGCCGCGGAUGGAUGGCCAGUGCAGGCCCUCUUCUACUAGGUCAUCUUCGGCACACGCCAAGGACAGUAAGCAGUUGUCCCAGCCUCGGCAGGGCUCGAGCUACCAACGUCGCGAGUCCUGGGGCAGCUCUUAUCCGAAAGGAUGGCGAGAGGAGGCAAUGUCAAAGCCCAAGGCAGGCUCUUCACGAGCUUCAAAUGCGGCCUUGAGUGCAGCGUCCACCACGAAGGCCCCCGGGGCGACAUCGAGCAAUGGACCUCUGAAAGGCCUCUCCAAUCAGUUUUCUGCCUUGCGUACAGCCUUCACGGAUGUGAACAAAGGGAACAGUUCCAGCUCAGCACGACGCCAGUCGUCUACAAGUUCCACAGCACUGGCCAUGCGCGCAGAAAGCACUGACCCAGCAGCAGGUAGCACUAAAUCUUCUUCGGUGCCAACGAGCUCUGCAUCGUUGGGAAAGACCAGCGUGAG